AAAAAAAACCUCGUCAACAAAUCUGUGCAAAAGUAAGAAGACACUUGUGAUGUCUAUUGAGUCUAUUGUAUUUUAGAGGAUACAUACAAGUAAAAAAAAGAAAUAAAAAUCUUCCAAUUUAUUUUAUAUUAUUUUUAAACCAUUUUUUCACAAAUGGACAAUUUCGCGAGCAUUCGAAAUAUGUGUCGCGUUUGUUUGCGGGAGCCGGACGAUUUAGAGGAGGAAUUUGUGAAAUUGAAUCAACAACAAAUCGAAAAACUGAAAUACAUUGGAGAUUCAAACGAGAUUAUUGGACUGUACAGAGAGCCGCUGCCUCUAUGCGAGAAAUGUAUGAUGAAACUGGACUUUGUGCACGAAUUUGUGGAGAAGUUCAAUUCGUCCAAAGCGAAAAUUAAAGAAUAUGUUGGUCUAUUCGGAAGUGAUACGUACCAAAUUGUUGACUUGAAUCCCGGAGAAAGCGACACAUUUGCGAACAGUGAUGGCGAAGAUAGUACGGAACACUUCUCUGCAAUGGUUAAAGUCGAGACACCACCUACACCGCCUCCUCAAUAUGAGUCGCCUUACAUGACCAUGGCGCCAUAUCAAUAUGACUAUUCAAAUAUAAAUAUCAAUGCGGCACCGAAAAUCGGUCCCAAAUCAAAGAUGAAGAAUAUCAAUUCGGAUCAUAAAAUUGGCCCCAAAUCGAAGAUGAAAAAAUUCAACCAUAUGACUUCAACGACAAACCCACUGUCCAAUGAUAACAGAUCACAAUUCCAGAAAAACCAUUCACCGACAAUGUCGACAUCCCAUUGGGAUCAAGGAAAUUCCGCUUCAGCGGACACCCAGUGUCACCUUUGCGGAAAAGAGUUUAGCACCAGAGCAAAUAUGCUGCGGCAUGUACGAGAACAUGAAGGACGGCGCUUCGUUUGCCAAUACGAGAAUUGCAAAGCGUUUUUCACUCAAAAAUCAUCGCUGCAAGUACACCUAGCGAGACAUGCAGGACAUAAACCAUUCGAGUGUGAAAUAUGUGGCAAGAGAUUCUCCCAAAGCAAGUCAUUGGUCUUUCACAUUCGAAUUCAUACCGGUGAGAGUCCGUACGAGUGUGAUUACUGCCAAAAGACGUUUAAGCAAAAGUCGAAUUUGAUUCGUCACUUCAAAUCACACCGUAAUCAAGCGCCCAUCCGACAAAAGCGUUUCAAGUGUGAAAAGUGUGCAAAAUUGCUGGCAUCAAAGCAGUCGCUCAUCAGACACUUGGUCAGACACGAGCGAAUCGACGAUACUAUGCUCACAAUUCAUCGGAUCGAUCCAAAUAUGAUCAGAAUGCAAGGGAUGAAUGAAAGUAUGCCCUCAUUGCAGGCAAUAAAUGACAGUAUGACCUUUAUGCAGGGGAUGAAUAACAGUAUGCCCUCACUGCAGGGGAUGAACGACAGUAUGAUCGCAUUGCAGGGGGCUAAUGACAGUAUGACGGCAAUGCAGGGGAUGAAUGAAAAUAUGACGCCAAUGCAUCGUAUUGAUGAAAAUAUGACGCCAUUGCAAUGCAAAGUCGAAGGGACCGCAGUGCAUUGCAAAGAGGAAAAUAUGACCGCAAUGAAUCGCAUGGAUGACAAUAUGAUCGCAAUGCAAGCCAUCAAAAUUGAGAAAAAUUUAGUAAACUGCUAAAUUCAAUUGUAUAUUUAAGUUAGUUCAACGUAAUAGAGAACAUUGAUAUGAAUUA